GAGCGGAGGAGGUUUGUCCCUCACGGGCCGCCGUGUGCCGGGUGCUCUCCGCUGCCGCGCUCGCCGCCUGCUCGUCUCGUCCGCCGCCCGGCCCGGCCCGGCCCGGCCGCUGCCCCGCCAUGAGCGACAAGGGCGAGCUGGACCUCACCGGCGCCAAGCAGAACACGGGCAUGUGGCUGGUGAAGGUCCCCAAGUACUUGUCACAACAGUGGAGUAAAGCUUCAGGAAGAGGUGAAGUGGGAAAACUAAGGAUUGUCAAAAAUCAAGGAAGAACGGAAGUGUCAUUUACUUUGAAUGAAGAGCUUGCAAGCAUCAGUGAUAUUGGAGGAAAGCCUGCUUCAGUCAGUGCACCAAGGGAACAUCCAUUUCUUCUGCAAAGUGUGGGAGGACAGACCUUAACAGUGUUCACAGAAACUUCAGUAGAAAACCAAUCAGAUGAAAAAUCAGAAAGUGGCAGUGCUGAUAAACUUGCCUUGGAAGGAAUAGUGGUGCAACGUGCUGAAUGCAGACCUGCAGCUAGUGAAAAUUAUAUGAAGCUGAAAAGAUUACAGAUAGAAGAAUCUUCUAAACCUGUAAGGUUAUCACAGCAGCUGGACAAAGCUGUAACCACAAACUAUAAACCAGUGGCUAAUCAUCAAUAUAACAUUGAAUAUGAGAAGAAGAAGAAAGAAGACGGAAAAAGAGCUCGAGCUGAUAAACAACAAGUGUUGGACAUGCUUUUUUCAGCCUUUGAGAAACAUCAGUAUUACAACAUUAAAGACCUGGUGGACAUAACCAAACAGCCAGUGAUAUACUUGAAAGAAAUUCUGAGAGAAAUAGGCAUCUACAAUGUGAAGGGGACCCACAAAAACACAUGGGAGCUGAAGCCGGAAUACAGACAUUACCAAGGAGAAGAAAAGAGUGAUUAACAAAAGUAUUUAUGGUGUAAGAGUGAUUGCACUGAGGGAUCUGUGGUGUUUACAGACAGGACUGAGCACAGUGCAAUUAUGCAAGGAUAAAGAUAAAUUAUCAGCUGAUACUUUGUAAUUUUCUGUAGCUUUUUUCCCCAAGGAGUAUUUCUUGUAUGUUUCUAUAUAUGCUUUGUCUUUUGACAGGAAAAGUUUGCAGAAUAAACUUGUUUUAGAUUUAUCUUUAUUAGAAAUCUUCUGAGUUCUCCUCUUACUUUUUCUUGGUAGCUUUGUGGCAUUUCUAAGUCUCAAUAACUUUGAUGUAAAAUGUGUUUUAGAGGAAACCAUAACUUUUUGGGUUUGCAUUCCAGUGUACCCAGGUUAAUACCCUCGGUUCUGCUGGGAUCUGUCAGGGCUUUGUCUGGAAGCCUGAAAAUGUGCACAACCCUUUGUGCAAUGUUGGAAUGGACAUGAUGCUCCUCCUGUUAUCAGGUUUUAGGAAGAACAGCCACAACCAUGGUGCUCAUCACUAUCCUUAGACUCCCUGGGAACAAAUCAAUGCAGUUAAAAACCCGUAAAGUCAGUGGGAAGAUGUCAGUCCCCUCCAUGUGAUUACUGAGAAAAAAUGAAAUGUCUGUUGGGUACAGCAAGGAACAGGUUUCUCUUUUGUUUGGUUUUUAUGCUGAUACCUAUGUUCUGUUUAAGCAUAUCAAUAAAAGUAUUAUUUUAAUUUGUACCACACAGUAUUGACCUGAACACAUUGUGAUUUAGAUAGCACAAGUCUGAAGUGUUUUUUUGAAAGUAUGUUUUUAUUGCUGGCUUUGCCACUGGGUUCCUCUGUGGUUUGGGAAAGAUUGCUAAAUGUGUCUGUGUCUCUGUUCCCCUUUUUUGAAAUGCACACUGCAAGGGUUAUUCCUUCAACAUCCUUUUUAGGAGGGAACAGGGAAGGGACUAUUUAAUUAUAUUCUCAGAAUUUAUGUUUAUAAAUAAUAUAUUUAAUAUAUUUAAUAUAUUUAAAUAUAUUCUCAGAAUUUAUGUUAAAAUGAGAGCAAAGAACACAGAGUGGGGAUAACCUCAUUAUUAUACCUGUAAAUUAAGCAGGUGAGGUUUGAUAGCUCAGCUUUCACAUUCUCUCAUGUCCUUCAUGUGUAAGCAUCAUUUCUGCUCACCCUAAUGACACAGGAGGUCUGUGUGAGAAGCAAACAUUCCAUUAUUGGUCCACUUGGAAGCAAUGAAAGGCUGUGGGAGUGGUCAAGUGCUUUCAGAGGUUUGUAAAACAACUCUUAUACAUAAGUCACACAAUUUUGCUCAAUUCAUUUUUUCUAGAGUUGUUUGUGUAGGUAUCUCUCUAUAGCUAUACUUGGGGCUAGUGCUCAGCAUCCUUUGGCAUUAAGUGCCCAGUUCCCAGGAGAGGGACUGCUGAGAGUUUUGAAGAGCAGAUCGCAUUCCGGGAGGGUGUGUGCUUUCACAAAUACUGCCACUGACUCGUGUUUCCUGCUCUACAGCAGGACCCAGCUGGCAGAUGGCUGCAGGAGCCAUCUGAGGUGCUGAGAGGAGCACAGGAAGUCAGCCUUUGUGUCUGGCUGUGGAACAUGAUGUGCUCCUGGGCAGUAGCCAGAGCCUGCUCACCCUGCUGUCCCCAUCUCACUGCUCGAGUCCUCUGUGUGUGGACUUGUGUUCAGGGAUGUGUAGAAUGAAAGCUCUUGCUUUUCACGUUGGGCUCCUGUGGGAUCCAUGUCCUGUUUCAGCAGGUGAAGCUGAAGCACCCAGCAAGUUUAGGUAAGCUUCUCCUUUGUAUUGCUCCUCACAUGGUCCUCUAACACCAUGCAGGGGGAUGCCAUGCAGUCCUGAUUAAGUAGUGGUGUAAUUCCUUACCAGAAGUAAAAAUGACUGUGACAUUCCAGAGGGAAAUGGUUACCUUGAGUGGAAUCCCCAGCAGAAUUAGUUUAGCAGGAAAGUUUUGGAUCUGCUUGUAUUUCUGGUUUUAUGUGAGCUGCUUCACAGUUUGUCUUCAGUUGAGAGGGACAUAAUCAGUCAGCAUGAAAUGCCUGAACAUGUAAGUAAAGGAGGUAUUUUAUUGAUCUGCAGAGUGCCUUUGGACAGGGUAAAUAAGCUCUGCUCAGGAGUAAUGGAAAAUGUGCAGAGCGCUCCAUUUUUUAUGGGGUUUAUGCUCUUUGCAAAGGGCUGAUUUUUUUAUGGUUAUCAUUAAAAACCUGUAGAGUGCUAGAAGUAAACAGAAAAAAGAAGCAGUGGAGUUUUCAACCAGUGAGCAGCCAGAAAGGUUGAGGAAUGCCAAGGUGUACUGGUUUGCUUGCAGCCUUCUGUGAAGGAGCACCAGUUAUAAAUAAUGAGGAGCAGGACAGUGAGGAAACACCAUUUCAAAAACGGAAAUGCACUAUCACAGUAAACUAAGAAAAGAUAACCAAUGGAGAGUCCAGAAGCCAGGUACCUUGUAAGCUACUUUUUUACCUGUUUCCUGCAUGAUUUUGAAGUUUUUCUAGCAUGUUGGGGUGUGAUUGGAAUUUUAGCCUCAAAAGCUGCCACAAAAUCCAAGUGGCAUGAGAGCAGGGAACAGUGAGUCCACAGAGAUGCUGAUCUAGAGCAUGAAAAGAUGCUCUCCUGUGCUAGCAGCAGGACCUGUGCCAUGAAUUCAAGGGCUCUGCUGGCUCCUGCCUGGUGGGAGCACGUGUUAAAGAUGAAGGUGGAGUUUUUAGGUGCCCUUGGCAGGUCAUCAUCCAGCCUGCAGCUAAGCCAUGGGAUCUUAGAGUACAAACCAUCGUAGAGACAGAAGCAGCAAGAUAAACAUGCUGCUAUGAGCCCCAUAUUCUACCUUCUGCAAUAACCCAGGCCACUGCAGGACUAGUCUAAAUUCAUGCAAGGCUGGGAUAAUGACUGAGCAUUUCGGAGAACCUCGUUUGGAUCCAUCGCUUAAUAACCAGCAAAACCUCUCCCGCUCCGCUGCACUUGUUCUGCACAACACCCUUACACAAGUGCUGUUGGCAGGAUUUCCAUCUGCCAGAAGAGAGGAGGAGGCUCGCAGGCGUUCCAGUCUUAUUCCCUAGCCCCCACAUUUGGAUUAAUUUAAACUCUGGACUCGCAGCAGUGAUGAACAAUUCCCUGCUGGUCUUCCCAUGUGCUGCUGUCUCUGCUCGAUGCUGAACUCUGCUCAUGCAGAUGUUCUUCAAUAUUAGUGGUCAGAACGCUGCUUGGCGAGCAGGUCCCACAGGCAUGAGCAGAAGUUUCUGUGUGCUAAAUGCCAUUAAAUAAGAUUAAAAGCAUGUCCAGUCUCCAGCCUUGCUUGUUCCAAAUAACCAGUUUGAGUCAUUGGAAAUUUCAUACAUGGUAAGCUCAGGCAGUACCAGCAGGGACCUGAGCAGACACGAGGUGACAGCCACUCCUUUAGAGAUCCCCUGCUCACUCAACCUCCCUUCUCUUUCCCCCCACGCCAGGGAAAUUGUCCUCCAGAGGAGAAUCAAAGUAAAACUCGUAUGUUGAGAAAGAACAGUUUAAUAACUGAUGAUUAGUAAAAUACAGUAGUAAUGGUAAAAAAUUAUAAAAAUGCUAAUAGAAAGGGAAAAACAAGUGAUGGACAAUACAAGUGCUCAUUACCCUCUGACUGAUGGGCCCCCCUUAUGGGUAAGUCCCUCCCAUUUAUAUACUGGGCAUGGCAUUCUGUGGUGUGGAAUAUCCCUGGUGAGCCCAGGUCCUUUGUCCUAGCUAUGCUUUCCCCACCCCCCCGUUUCUUUUGCAUCCCUUCUCGCUGGCAGUGUGCAUGAGACAACAGAAAAACGUCCUUGACAUAGGGUAAACAGGACGUAGUAGAAAAACAUCAGUGUGUUACCAGCACCGCUCAGUUCUGAAUCCAAAACACAGCACUGUAACAGCUACCGAGAAGAAAUUAACUCAGAAAUGAGCACAGCUGAAAAUCAAGACACAGGGUACCAGGAUGGCACAUGCUGCUGGAGGCAGCUGGUGGUCUGGGGCAGCUGUAGCUGGGGGGUGAAGGGCAGAGAUGACUCCCUGAAACACUUUUUUGUGGGCAGUGUGAGGAAGCACCAGCAGCUGCAGGCAGUUCUGUGGCUGCAGCAGCCACAGUUGCAGGGACAGCGAAAUCAUCCCUCCCUACUGCCACGGGAGAGGCCGAGGGCACCCAGCUCGGGUGCAGACACAGCUGUAGGUAGAGCACCUCUACCUCAGCCCUUGAACCAGACCACUCCAGUAGCAAUAGUGAGGUUUUAGUAGCUGAGGAGAACAGGAGUACCCAGCUUUACAUGGCUACUUUUCAAUCACUCUGCUACAAAUAAUUUGGGAAGCUGAUCUUUAAAAAACUUUCUCGACAUCUAUGUUUAGCUGGACUGCUUUGUGCCAGCACAUCUGCACCUCACUGAGGAUAGGAAAAAAGAGGUUUGCUCUCUAAAAUGCCAGCAGUGCUUCCUUCCUACUGCUGCUGGUUACAGAUGGGGAGGAGAAUCCCAGCUGUUAGCUCCCAGGAUAAAGUGUGGGCUGCAGAGAAACAAUGGUUCAGCAUUUUAUCAGUAUGUCCAGCUGCUGCCACAUUGGCAACGCUGGCAUCACACAACCAAAAUGGUCUUAAAAAGGUCUUCAAGUGUGUUUGGAUCUCUUCUGCCUGAGGUGGAAGGUGAUGAAUGCAGCUCUAGUGGAUUAAAAUGCCCGGCAGCCAUGUGCAUCCUCAAUAUCCCACCCACUCCUGCAGAACACACUGGCAGGGUUGCCAAUAUUUGCUGGCACCCAAUAAAAAGCUCCCUCAAGCCUCCAGCCCUGGCCACAGGCACUUGGCUGUGAUCUUUGCACAACAGCUUCCAGCUGCAGCUUCUACCAAAAGGCAGCCAAGACACAGGGACUGCAAACCAGCAAGAUUGUGCUCCUGUGAAUGGAUUUGGUACUGUUUGGGGCAAAAAGUGCCAGGCUUGGCUAGGGCUUUUUCCUCCUACGAAGAUGUUCAUCCUUGAGCUAAUGAACAUAGUGUUUAACUGCUGCUCUCCCACUGCCAGCUACAGUGACACUGAGAUUUUCUGGUCCAGAGCAAAACAUCCCAGCUUACAAUGGCAGUGACACCCCAGGGAAGUGGCUACAGAGCUAAAAGUGCAGAUGGAGGUUCACAAGAGCAGAGGGAGGCAUCCUACCUCUUCCAAGUGAGCAGCAGAGUAUGAGAAAGCAGAAGUAUCUUGAUGUGGAUACUAUUGCUCUUUAAUGAAAGCAUCCUCCCUGAACAGCUGCCCACUGCCAAGAUGAAAGUGGGCUGUCUUGUGCCAGCUCAACAGCCAGGGACUUGCUUAGGGAAGUAAGUGAAUUGCAGCUUUUCCAAUUUUUUUCCAAAUUUAAAAAAAAAAAAAUCAGUCUUAUUUUAUUUGGUAACAACCAUGUCCUGUGGUUAUUGUAACUGCCUUCUAGCUGUGACCUAAACUGAGUUAAAAAAUAAAUUCACAAAAAAAGCUCCCAACACCAAUCAAACCCAACUGUGUUUCCUACAUACUUUCAGAAUCUUCCCUUUGCAGGUUCUCCCUCCUUGUGCCAAAGCUGAGGGCUGCACAAGGUUUAAAGACCCACUUGGGCUCUGGCAUCCACCCCCAGCUCAGUGGGCAAAGCUGGGCACCCCAGAGGGGCGGUGGGGACACCAGUGCCUCUCCCAGCAUGCCAGAUGUUCCCUGCACUGCAUGAACACCCUCAGGUACGCAUCCUUUCUCCUCAAAGCAGAUGGACAAGCAGCAAAAUGGAUACUAACAUCAGUCACUGGGGCAUUUGGGGUUUUUUGUUUGCUUCCAGAGGGCAAAAAUGGAGUGAAUUUAUAAGUGGGGUAGCAAAACUGUAAGACAAUAAGCAGACAUUGAGGGCAAAAAGUCAAGGAGACCAUGGGACAUGUGCCCAGCACAGCAGCUGCUUCCUUCAGCCCCAAGGCAUCGCUCCUUUAACCACAGAAGGCUGAAACUAGAAAGGCAGGUUUUUCUCUUUAUAAGCAAAUCAACCUUCUUUCUCCUGUCAGCAUCCAGUUCAUAGUGGGUGCAGGAGCAGCCUCCUGGCCCCACAGAGCCUGAGACCCCAGCCAGCAUAAGGGAGGUUUCUACCCAACUGCUUAACCUGCUCCAUGUGACUCAGGGAAAAUGCAAUUUGGAUCCUUCCCAAAUCCAUUGAAAGUAUCUUUCUAGGAAUGUGAGAUGCAAGCCUGAUAAGCACAAUUUAAAACAAGACUGGGCUAAGUGUUAAAGCUGUCCUUUAGUUCCGCCUGUAUUUUAAGCAGCAGCAGGCUAAUUUGUUGUCAUGGGGGAUUUUAUCAAUUUAAUAACUCCAAAGAUGUUGUCUGAAGUACCAAGACUUUCCUUUCCAAACCACUUCAGCUUUUCAGGCCUAGGAAAGAAACAGCUGCUUGAGAUGAAGAUGGGACAGAAGAAGAGGAAUUACGCUCUGAGGAAAUACGCAGACUUCCUCCCCAACACGGAGCUGCGUCAUGAACUACGGACAAGUGCAUUUACCAGCACGGGCCUCCUCCUUCACAGCACGCAGUGACUCCCACCUCUCGCUCACCCUGGCUGCACAGCAGGCAGCUACCACAGCAGUGCAGCUGCAGCAACCACUUGGCCCUGCCGCAGUCCUUCCCUGCCACACCCUGCCUGGUGCAUCUGACAGACAUGAUGCUGCAGAGCAGCAAGACUUAUCCUCUUCCCUGAAAAACUGAAGGCAGCAAUGCAUUUUUGGGAAGUGCAGUGAGCGCAGCAAGAACGUUGCACUUGCAGCUCCCUGAAGAAACAAACAAAACCUGCAUCUCCAGAGCCUUUGAAAUGACAUUUCCUUACAGCAGGCUGAAAGGAGCCUUCCCACCGGAGGCUGUGCUGUGCAGAAGAGCACACCUGCCUGGAGCACAGAACUCCCUAGUUAGGAAUGUUUGCACACAGCAAUUAAAUACCCCAGUGAGCCUGGAGUACAGACAGGAUGACACACAAUUUGCCAUUCAACCAAGCAGCAAGGCUGUGUUCAUCAUGCUUUGAAGCACCUGCUUUUCAAAGCAGCUCUGCAUCUGUACACAGGUGCCACGUGGCAAUUUGCUCCAGGCUGGUGGCCAGGGCUCCCAGCCUUGGCAGGACCAGCCAGUGGGGGGAGGAGUCGCUCUCACGUAUCAGCUCCAGAAUUUCAAACACUGACUCACAGGAAGUGGGAGCCAGGGCUAUGAGGGGCAGCACAGGCACAGCAGCACUGCCCUGCCCACACUAACUUUACUCAGCUGAGGACUGCUUCCUCUCCCUCUCUUUUAAUGCUCUCAUUUUUAAUGAAGAUGCAUCAGGAAAGAGAAGAUAACAUCCUCACCCGGUCCCAUUAAACACAUCCUCUGCAAGGAAAGCAUAAGUUGCCUCAGUGACUUUAUCUAGGCUUUGAACCUGCCUCCCAGCCUCACUGGGUGAAGCAGGCUACAACAAAAUCGUACUUUAUCCAGCACAGCUGACCCAAAAUCCUUUACUGAACAAACUUAAAAACCCAAAAAUUUAAAAAAAAUCCAUAUAUACAUGAAGUUCCCCCAGAACUAUAAUAGGGCAUAUUUAACCAGAACAGGAACCUGGGAGAUAACUAGGGCACACUCCACUCCCUCCUCCAGUCUCUCACUCCUCCCAGCCUUCUGCCACAUCUAUCUCACCCCUGCAGAACCCCCCUCCACCUCCACCCUCCAGCACCAGGGGCCAAAAACUGACACAAGACAGCAAAGAUGUGAAAACUCUGAAGGAGAUAAACAGUUAGCAAGUGGGCCAUGCCCUCCCCUUUCAGGCACCUUAACCUCCUAUGCCUCUGCCAUCACUGCAGGAGGAAAAAAGUUAAUGAUUAUCAGUCCAAGGCAACAUCCCUGCUCAGGAACAGGGUCAGCAGCAACAGGCACCCCCUUGCUCCAGGUGGGGCUCUGAAGGAAUUUGUGUUCCUUUAUUCAAUCCAAACUGCCACCGGUUCAGACAGGCAGAAAGCGCAAGGAACCAGUUACUGUUGCAUCUCAAAGGAGAACCUGAGAAGCAACAGUGUUUGCUCCAGGUCUGUCAAACAGAUGCAUUGCCUAACAAGGAACACAGCAGGAACAUAACUUACAAACACUCAGGUAAAUCCCAAGUACAGGCAUUCACCUGGUUUGGAGGAAGUCUAGGGCAGAGCUAGGCCAUUCCAACAUCUCUCUCCAAGAGGCCAAGUACAGAAAAAGCUAAAAUCCUGCAACUUGACUGAAUUGUAAUUCGUAUGCUCCCCAAGAGCUGUCAAAUUCAAAGUACCCCAGCCAAGUUGUGCUGGAAAACUGAGCCACUUCAUCUUCUCUCCCCAGUAUUCCCAUUCAGCCUCCUGCCUUGAUCUUGGAGACAUACUACAGCUCAAGAGAGGCUCAAGUGCUCUUGUCUGACAAAGCAGCUCAGCCAGCACUCAGCUUGAGUAGCACAUAUUCCAUGCUGGGAUGUUUUUAUUAUUAAUUUCUUAUCUCUUCCAGAGAUAAAUCUCUGCACAAUCACAAAAGAUGAACGUGGUCCACUCCAUUAUGACAUUUCUUGGACUUUGCCUUAUUGACAUGAACCUGCUUUUGCACUCCAGCACCACAG